AUGAAGUCUAUGAUCAAUGGAAAAAAUACGACAGUAGACAUGGCUGAAGAGCGGGAUGAUAAUUUUGAGCGACGAAAGCGCGAGAACAAAACAAACGGUGAAUUCAACCAAAUGCUUAACACUGAACAUAAAGUUGAACACCGAGAUCACAAAUCGGAUGUGGAUGGACGUGCCUUUUGGAUCAAAUGGAGGUUAGGCCAGCCCCCUGCAGCCGAACAUGUCAGACGACUGAGUCAGCGGCCCCGGGCAGGACUUCCCCCUCCCAAAAAAAAAAUAAAGGAAACCAUAAGACUGCUGCCUUACAGAUCAGAUUCUCAAGUCAUAAGCUAUGGGUAG